GCAGCCGCCGCCGCGCCGCCGUCGCUCUCUAACGCCAGCGCCGCCUCUAGCUCGCCGAGCUCCAGCCGAAGGAGAAGGGGGGUAAGUAAGGAGGUCUAUAUACCAUGGCUCGUACAAAGCAGACUGCCCGCAAAUCGACCGGCGGUAAAGCACCCAGGAAGCAACUGGCUACAAAAGCCGCUCGCAAGAGUGCGCCCUCUACUGGAGGGGUGAAGAAACCCCAUCGUUACAGGCCUGGUACUGUGGCACUCCGUGAAAUUAGACGUUAUCAGAAGUCCACUGAACUUCUGAUUCGCAAACUUCCCUUCCAGCGUCUGGUGCGAGAAAUUGCUCAGGACUUCAAAACAGAUCUGCGCUUCCAGAGUGCAGCAAUUGGUGCUUUGCAGGAGGCAAGUGAGGCCUAUCUGGUUGGCCUUUUUGAAGACACCAACCUGUGUGCUAUCUAUGCCAAACGUGUAACAAUUAUGCCAAAAGACAUCCAGCUAGCACGCCGCAUACGUGGAGAACGUGCUUAAGAAUCCUCUUUGAUG